GGACGUGUAUGCAUAUAGCCAACGAGAACACACUGGGCGACGAGAACGACUUCACGAUCGAGGAUAUCUCCCAGAAGGUGUCACUCGCAGAGGGAGUGUAUAGCCAAUAGAGGGUACAGUGUUCGCUCUGAAUCAUCUUCUAGUCACUCAGACUGCCCGUUCGACUUGUAGCCAUGACCUCACGCCCGACCCUCAACUACGACAUUCUCUUGGAGGUGGCAGCCGCCUCCUCAUGGGACACCUCCGCUGCCUUGCUCGACACCUGCCGCUUCCUCCAUCUUGAAGGCCCUAGGGUUCUUCUCCGCUCGCCUGUUCGCCUGGAUACCGAGGAGACACUUCUCCGUUUUCUCGCCUUUCUACGCCGCGCUCUGGAUGGCAGGCGUUACCAAUCCGUCCGUGAAAUUCACCUUGCUCUUGAUGCCAUGGCUGCUGCGACAUCCUCUGGGCUUGUCUCUGCCUUAACCCUCAUGCACAACCUUUCCUCACUCGGCAUUCAUGAAAGCGAGCGUCUUUUUUGCGCUUUCCCCAGCCUCCUCCACGCUACUGCAGCACUGACCUCACUUCGGAAGCUUCGGCUACGAGGAGGGGGCGAACACACGCUGAAGUUCCUCCGGUCUUCUCAGUCCAAGUUCACAUCCGUGCACACCUCCUUUCACGGCGAAAACUACGUUUCUGGGCUGUUUGACCAACGCGUGACGCUGCAGCCACAGUAUCACCCCGCCGUUCUCCUCGACAAUUCUCGCUAUACCCUACAGGACCUCAAAUGUGAACGCUGGCAUACCCACUCCGACGUCAUGCCCGAUCCUCGCCUUGUCUACCCGGACAUGCGUCGACUGACGAUGAACUAUACUUCUUUUCCUCCAAUCACGGGCUCACUCAUCCGCGCCUAUCCGAAGCUCACUUAUCUUUCGAUCCACACUGGGGAAGGCGACUGUAGUGAAGAUGCGUACGAAGACGAUCGGUACGCGGGUUAUCGCGAGAAGAACGUCCUGACGCAGGCUCUUCCGGGGUGUUCGUGGAUGCAGCUGGACGAGUAUGUGGGGCCUCUUGUCGACUGCUACGUCUUGGGUCUUACUUGCGUUAUCGAACGGCUGGAGCUCCGCUCCUUGCACCCGGGUCACCACUUCAUGCUGGGCACUGUACUAUCCUGCGCGCGCCCGCGACACCUCGUCUUCACUAGUUGGCCCAGUCUACUCGAACCGUCGAUCGAACCGUCCGACGCAUUUUACGGACGAGGCACAUCGCGCCUUGAGAGUCUAACGCUCAACUGUCGGCUCAGUGGCUAUGAGAUGGGCGAAUGUGUUGACGUCGCCGAAAUGCUGGAGGGCCUGAUGGCGUCGCUUGGGCACGCGCCUCUACGCUCUCUGAAGCUCACAAUCUCCAUGUACGACCUCGACCCGACACCGGAUGAACAAUUCUCCGACUCGGAGUUGCUACCUGAAAUCUCGGGCGAAUACACUCCACCCCCGGCGGACCCGGAGGACUAUCCGCUACUCCUCGCGGAACAAUCGGCGGACGAGUUCGACCUGGCGGACUACGUGCGCAGGUUCGCACGGCUCGUGCCUACUCUGCAGACGGCGAAGGUUUGUAUAGAAGGGCUUCGCGAGAAAUGCAAAACGGCGAAAUUGAAAGAUGGGGAAGUGCAGUUUAGGGUAUUGGAUGGUCCGUCCGAGUCGGACAUCGAGUAGCAGGGGAGAUGGGGAGAGAAUGAGCCGCACUGUGUGUUGUACCUGGAGUAGAGCUUUGCAAGAUAUGUUUCAGUACUGUUCACUACGUUGCCCC